CAGGAGAGAGGAGAAGAGUUCCAGAAGGCGAGCAGGUUUGCUGUUACCAAUGUGACACUUGUCCAGAAGGGACCGUUUCUAAUCAGACAGAUGCAGCUCGCUGUGACCCGUGUCCAGAAAACCAGUUUCCUAACAAGGACAAGGAUCAAUGCAUUGCCAAGAUGCUCCACUUCCUUUCCUAUCAAGAGACCCUGGGAUACACUUUAGUUUCUCUAGCUCUUUUACUCUCUGUGAUGACUUCUGCAGUCCUGGCAAUUUUUCUUAAGUUUUGUGACACACCGAUUGUCAAGGCCAACAACCGAGAUCUCACAUACCUCCUCCUGGUCUCCCUCCUGCUCUGCUUCCUCUCCUCCUUCCUCUUCAUUGGUCAACCUGGGAAGCUCACCUGUCUCUUACGACAAACAGCCUUUUCCGUUCUAUUUUCCCUUGCAGUUUCUUCUGUCUUGGCAAAAACUGUCAUGGUGGUUCUGGCCUUCAUGGCUACCAAACCAGGGAACAGGGUAAGGAAAUUCUUAGGAAAACCACUUACUAACUCCAUUGUUAUCACCUGUCCCCUAGUCCAAGCAGUUCUUUGUGCCAUCUGGCUGAUAACUUCUCCCCCAUUUCCCAACAUGGACUUCCACUCCUUGGCAGGAGAAACAAUCUUGGAAUGUAAUGAAGGUGCAACUUUAAUGUUUUACACUGUCCUUGCCUACCUGGGUUUCCUGGCCCUCAUCAGCUUCACUGUGGCCUUUCUAGCUAGGAAACUGCCUGACAGUUUUAAUGAAGCCAAGUUCAUUACUUUUAGCAUGCUGGUCUUUUUCAGUGUUUGGAUCAGUUUCCUCCCCACCUAUCUGAGCACCAAAGGGAAGUUCAUGGUGGCCGUGGAGAUCUUCUCCAUUUUGGCCUCUGGGGCUGGUCUUUUGGCUUGCAUCUUUUUCCCUAAAAGCUUCAUUAUCCUACUGAGACCCCAUCUUAACUGUAAAGAAAAUAUGAUAAGAAACAAGAAUCUCUAACUAAUGCAAGGAUAGGCCACUUUUAUAUUUGUCUUUGAGAGUUUUCAUUAAAUGGAUAACAUUUCUAUAAAAAAAAAACAUGAAGGAUUUUGCCUAUUUAAUAAUCAUUUAUCAAGUGCUAUGUCUAGUCACAAUGUACCACUUGUCAGCAACAAUUACCCAGCCUUGCAUGGAAAUAAAGCUUGGUAUUAAAGAUAUUGAUCUUA